GGGAAGUGGAGUGUGCGGGUUGUCAGUGGGCGGGCUGUUCAGCCACGCGCCCCGCCUCCGGCUCACUCGCGCCCAGCCUCGGGGCUGCUAGCUCCGAGGGGCUCAGCUGCUCCGCUUCGGGACCGACAUAUGAGGAGCUGAGUAGCCAGCAAAAGUGGGAUGACGUUCACUGAUGGCAAAGCACCUUUAAUCUCCCAGGCAGAAGGGCCUUGGCUGGUCGUCCUUACUGGCCUGUCCCAGAAAGGAGAACAGGCCUCGGAGCAGUAAAGCAACAGAAUGCCCCCUGGGGUGGACUGCCCCAUGGAGUUCUGGACAAAAGAGGAGAGUCAGAACGUGGCUGUUGACUUCCUGCUGCCCACAGGGGUCUACCUGAACUUCGCGGUGCCCCGAAAUGCCAACCUCAGCUCCAUCAAACAGGUGCUGUGGCGAAAUGCGCAGUAUGAGCCGUUCUUCCACAUGCUCAGUGACCCUGAGGCUUACGUGUUCACCUGCGUGAACCAGACGGCGGAGCAGCAGGAGCUGGAGGACGAGCAGCGCAGGCUGUGUGACAUCCAGCCCUUCCUGCCCGUGUUGCGCCUGGUGGCGCGAGAGGGUGACCGCGUGAAGAAGCUCAUUAACUCCCAGAUCAGCCUCCUCAUCGGCAAAGGUCUCCAUGAGUUUGAUUCCCUGCGGGACCCAGAAGUGAACGACUUCCGCACUAAGAUGCGCCAGUUCUGCGAAGAGGUCGCUGCUCGCCGCCAACAGCUGGGCUGGGAGGACUGGCUGCAGUAUAGCUUCCCCCUGCAGCUGGAGCCCUCGGCAAGGAGUUGGCGGGCUGGCAUCCUUCGCGUCACCAGCAGAGCCCUGCUGGUCAAUGUGAAGUUUGAGGGCAGUGAGGAGAGCUUCACCUUCCAGGUGUCCACCAAGGACAUGCCCCUGGCACUGAUGGCUUGUGCCCUCCGGAAGAAGGCCACGGUGUUCCGGCAGCUUCUGGUGGAGCAGCCUGAAGACUACACCCUUCAGGUGAACGGGAGGCAUGAGUACCUCUAUGGCAGCUACCCGCUCUGCCAGUUUCAGUACAUCUGCAGCUGCCUGCACAGCGGACUGACUCCCCACCUGACCAUGGUCCACAAAUCCUCCAUCCUCGCCAUGCGGGAUGAGCAGAGCAACCCUGCCCCCCAAGUCCAGAAACCACGCACCAAACCUCCCCCAAUCCCUGCUAAGAAGCCCUCCUCUGUGUCCUUGUGGUCCCUGGAGCAGCCUUUCUGCAUUGAGUUGAUCGAGGGCAGCAAGGUGAAUGCGGAUGAGCGGAUGAAGCUGGUUGUACAGGCCGGGCUCUUCCAUGGCAAUGAGAUGCUCUGCAAGACGGUGUCCAGCUCAGAGGUGAAUGUGUGCUCAGAGCCCGUGUGGAAGCAGCGGCUGGAGUUCGACAUCAACAUCUGUGACCUGCCGCGCAUGGCUCGGCUCUGCUUCGCGCUCUAUGCUGUAGUGGAGAAGGCGAAAAAGGCGCGCUCUACAAAGAAGAAGUCCAAGAAGGCGGACUGCCCCAUCGCCUGGGCCAACCUCAUGCUAUUCGACUACAAAGACCAGCUCAAGACUGGGGAACGCCGUCUCUACAUGUGGCCCUCUGUCCCAGAUGAGAAAGGAGAGCUGUUGAACCCAGCGGGUACAGUGCGUAGUAACCCCAACACGGAGAGCGCAGCGGCCCUGGUCAUCUGCCUGCCUGAGGUGGCCCCCCAUCCGGUGUACUUCCCUGCUCUGGAGAAGAUCCUGGAGCUGGGGCGUCAUGGCGAGCGCGGGCGCAUCACAGAGGAGGAGCAGCUGCAGCUGCGGGAGAUCCUGGAGCGGCGGGGGUCCGGGGAGCUGUACGAACACGAGAAGGACCUGGUGUGGAAGAUGCGGCAUGAAGUCCAGGAGCACUUCCCAGAGGCCCUGGCCCGCCUGCUGCUGGUCACCAAGUGGAAUAAGCACGAGGAUGUGGCCCAGCUGUCCCAGAUGGUCUAUUUGCUGUGCUCCUGGCCGGAGCUUCCUGUGCUGAGUGCCCUGGAACUGCUGGACUUCAGCUUCCCUGACUGCUACGUGGGCUCCUUUGCCAUCAAGUCCCUGAGGAAGUUGACGGAUGAUGAGCUUUUCCAGUACCUUCUGCAGCUUGUGCAGGUGCUCAAAUACGAGUCCUACCUGGACUGCGAGUUGACCAAAUUCUUGCUGGACCGAGCUCUGGCGAACCGCAAGAUUGGCCACUUCCUCUUCUGGCACCUCCGCUCUGAGAUGCACGUGCCGUCAGUGGCGUUGCGUUUUGGCCUCAUCAUGGAGGCCUACUGCAGAGGCAGCACCCACCACAUGAAGGUGCUGAUGAAGCAGGGGGAAGCACUGAGCAAGCUAAAGGCGCUGAAUGAUUUCGUGAAGGUGAGCUCCCAGAAGACCACCAAGCCCCAAACCAAGGAGAUGAUGCAUAUGUGCAUGCGCCAGGAGACCUACAUGGAGGCCCUGUCCCAUCUGCAGUCUCCGCUUGAUCCCAGCACCCUGCUGGAGGAAGUCUGCAGUGUGGAGCAGUGCACUUUCAUGGACUCCAAGAUGAAGCCACUGUGGAUCAUGUACAGUAGCGAGGAGGCGGGCAGUGCUGGCACCGUGGGCAUCAUGUUUAAGAACGGGGAUGACCUCCGCCAGGACAUGCUGACUUUGCAGAUGAUCCAGCUCAUGGAUGUCCUGUGGAAGCAGGAAGGCCUGGAUCUGAGGAUGACGCCCUAUGGCUGCCUCCCCACUGGAGACCGCACAGGCCUCAUUGAGGUGGUCCUCCACUCGGACACGAUUGCCAACAUCCAGCUGAAUAAGAGCAACAUGGCAGCCACAGCCGCCUUCAACAAGGACGCCCUGCUUAACUGGCUCAAGUCCAAGAACCCUGGGGAGGCCCUGGAUCGAGCUAUCGAGGAAUUCACCCUCUCCUGUGCUGGCUACUGUGUGGCCACGUAUGUGCUGGGCAUUGGUGACCGACAUAGCGACAACAUCAUGAUCCGAGAGAGUGGACAGCUGUUCCACAUCGAUUUUGGCCACUUUCUGGGGAACUUUAAGACCAAGUUUGGAAUCAACCGUGAGCGAGUUCCCUUCAUUCUCACCUAUGACUUUGUCCACGUGAUCCAACAGGGGAAAACUAACAACAGUGAGAAAUUUGAAAGGUUCCGCGGCUACUGUGAACGCGCCUACACCAUCCUGCGGCGCCAUGGGCUGCUCUUCCUCCAUCUCUUCGCCCUCAUGCGUGCUGCAGGUCUGCCCGAGCUUAGCUGCUCCAAAGAUAUCCAGUAUCUCAAGGACUCUCUGGCACUAGGGAAGACAGAGGAAGAGGCGCUCAAGCACUUCCGGGUGAAGUUCAAUGAAGCCCUACGGGAGAGCUGGAAAACCAAAGUCAACUGGCUGGCACACAAUGUGUCAAAGGAUAACAGGCAAUAAGGGGCCCCUCCCCUGGCUGUCAGCCCCAGAGGUAAACUGUCGGACCUAGGGACUAGGCACGCUCAGUGGUCAUCAGAGAGGCCAGACACCUGAACCGUUCCUCAGGGAGGAACCACACAAUUGCCUCUUGUUUACACUGGUUAUUUAUUUAUGACUCAAAUUGUUUAAGGAACAAAA